AUCAUCAUCCAGGGCAUGAACGAAAUAGUUUCAUGAUUUCUGCCAUUGGCAGCUGCUGGAAUAACGAGGGAAUAAAUACAGGAUGAUGGCCUUAAGAGUGCUUUUUGCCGGAGUAACUGUGAUAUUUUUGGAUGGGGCACUAUGCAGAGGCUGCACGCAAAAUUUGGCUAAAGGCAAACCCGCCUACCAAAGCACCACUUACGUAAAUGUGAACGGUGUGCACCCUGCCAGUCGUUCUGUGGAUGGUAACUAUGACAACGUCAUGUCCAAUGGGAGAUGUAGCCAUACUGAUCUUGGUCAGGGUCAAUGGUGGCUGGUGGACUUAGAAACUACGGCGAGUGUGGCCGGUGUUAUCAUAACAAACCGUGGCGACUGCUGUUCUGAACGUUUGAAUAAUGUCGAAGUGAGAAUCGGAACCUCUUAUGUGAAUAAUUCAUCAUUCACCCAGUACAAACUCUGCGCCAGUUACCCGGGGGUGGCACCUGUGGGGAACACGUCUAUGUCCUGUGGGUCACCACUGAGAGGACGAUAUGUCUUGAUCAUUAAAGUUGGUAGUGACGAUAGUUACUUGCAGCUUUGUGAGGUGGAGGUUCAUGGUAUUACAAGUACAACUACGUUCAAACGGGUAGCAGCAGAUGCUCGCGCAACCCUUGUGCCCAUAUCCACGCUGAAUGUCCGCAGCCUCAUCGAAUGCAGCAUCUCCUGUGUGCAAAACUGGAAGUGUGUGGCCAUAAACAUUCUCUGUGCUGGAAAUGACCAAUGUGUCUGUGAACUACUGCUCAACACUGCCCAGUCCGGCGACUUGCAGACAAGCACUGGCUAUGAAUAUCAUGAAGGCAACUGCUUGAGUACAUUGUAAGACGAGACAGUCAAAUGAAUACUUCAGGGAAGCAUUCGUGACUUCGUUACACGUCUUUUUAAAGUAUUUUUUAUUGUUGCCAAAUAAUUAAAUGAUUUUGUUGUGCAAAGCUUAAUAUGUAUUAUUAGAUGGUAUGCCACGCUGGGGAAGUUUUGUCAACACCUCAACAUUGAUUUUGUAUUAGGAAUGUGCUAGUGCUGAUCGCUCACAUUACGGACCUAAACUAGUGUAAAGCCGACGUGAUUGCAAGAGGGAUAAUUGGGUCAAACCACCGCUUGUAGUUCUUCCGCUUCUUCGUAAAAAGGUGCAAGAAAUCGACGGGUGUCCGUCGUAACUCCGCAACUUUGAAC